CGACUGUGUAUAACUGGAUAACUCGCUUUCUAGUACUAUUAUGCAGAAGUCCUCAGUAGGCGCAGAAGCUUUGAUUCAUUCCGCAUCCGCAGUCGGCUGUCAGCGCAGGACCACGCUACGAGCCUUCUGGUUUCAUCUCCUGCAAAACUUGCUACACAAGGCAAGUGCACCGCCAGUGGAACGAUAUCAACGUUCGCAUGCCCUCGACAGUUAUCCGAAAGGUAGGGAAAGACCGCGUAGCUCUAGGAUCUUCGCCCGAUCGAUGGCUGUGAAUGCGUCAUGCACCCCGAUUGGCGCCUUCGUCUUCUUUCGCAGUCCACUUGUCCACCACCAAAUGUGUGGAUGGAGAGUAAUGACUUGAGAGGUGGACCGGAGCCGUCCUUCCAGGUCCCAAGCACUAUGUUGGUUAUCCAGUUAUUUGAUACGAUUUCCAAGGACAGACCAAAUAUACCCAGAUAAACUGCUCAUAGGUAUACGACCUAAAGCCGAUCGCGCUGGUGGC